GGGCACCAUGUUUUUGCAAAAUAUACGGUAUUUUUGUUAACCGUACGAUGUAUAAGUAACUCAGUUUCCCCCUCUCGUUCUAUUGAAUUUGGAUCUCAUGGCGUCCUUGAGCUCGCUCAAAAAAGACAUUUUUGAAAAGGAAGAAAAGCACCAGCAGUAUGGGGCGUAUAUCAGAGGGCUCAAUGCUUAUGAUCGCCAUAAAAAGUUUAUGUCAGAUUAUGUUCGGUUUUAUGGAAAACAUACAAGUGGAGAAGAGAAGCUUCCUGUUAAAACAGACCAAGAUACACUUAGAGAAGCAUACAGGUUCAUUCGCAGUGAGGAGGAUGAUCUGGAUUCUUCAUGGGAACAAAGGCUGGCAAAACGUUACUAUGACAAACUAUUCAAAGAGUAUUGCAUUGCUGAUAUGUCAAAAUACAAGGAGGGAAAGAUUGGAUUGAGAUGGAGAGUAGAGAAGGAAGUUAUAUCAGGAAAAGGGCAAUUCAUCUGUGGCAAUAAGAAAUGUGAUGAGAGGGAUGGGCUUUCCAGUUAUGAGGUUAACUUUUCUUACCAUGAGGCAGGAGAAAGCAAACAAGCACUUGUGAAACUUAAAGUUUGUGAAAGGUGUGCCAUAAAACUUAACUACAAAAAAGAGAAAGAAAAGGCAAGGCAAUUGCAUAAACGAGAAAAGGAGAGGCAUAAAAGAAUGAGAUAUGACGAGGCAGGCAAGAGGGGAUCUUAUUAUGAAAGUGACGAUGAAAUGGGCAGUGAGCCUGAAGGCAAGAAUAAAAGGGAAGAGAGAGGUUUCAAAAGCUCUACCACAAAUCUCACAGAUAAAGACUUGGAUGUUGGUGCAGAGUUCGAUAAAUAUUUUGAAGGGAUGUUUCUCUGAGCUCAAACACUAUCGAUUCAAGAGUGACAGCAUGUUUUUCCCCCUUGUUCUAGGAUGUAUAUAUUACCUUUAAAAUCACAGGGAGAAAUAAAUAUAUAGAUAGUUAGCCUCAUCAAGAAGUUUCUUUCUUUCUAUCCAUGCGUGUAUAUAUAUAAUUCAUUACAAUAUUAUCAAUUGUAAUCUUGAAAAUAUCUGGUUAUGGUAAUGAUUAUUACCAUAGUGUGCAUAUAUAUCAAACAAAAUAUUGUUUUAUUCUUUAAUUUGCAAUGGUAAUAUAGAUAAUACCAUGCUAAAAUUUAAUGGCUAUGGUCCACAUCAUCUUGUUACGUCUUAAAGGAUCAUAUCAUAUUAAUAUGUAUUGUUUUCUGAUAAUAUGACGUGAGAAAUUCACUCUUUUA